AAAGAAAACAAGAAACAAAAAGAUUCAGUAUAUGCUUUGGACUCUGAAACGAACCUCCUCCAUUGAUUCUGUCCCAGCUACCGGAGUUCGUCUCCUCCGAUGAACAGAGAUAAGCAUCCGCCGGAGGUGGAAACAGAGACGACGGGGGAGGAUGACGAAGAACCAAGUGUUUUGCUACGGAGGAAGAAAUUUCGUCAACGCGCUCAGUCUAGCUUCUCAUCCACUGACAGCGACGAAACGUUCUCCGAGAAUUCCGACGGACGUAAAUUCGUCGUUCGAGAUGAACAACAACAAGAACAAUGUACUGGAUGCUCUAAUGGAUCUUCUCGGUUGAAAGUCGAUGGUGAUCGUCAUGCUUUUUUUGAAGUAAGCCCCACUGAUGAGAUUGAAGCUAUCAGCACAAGGAAAACAGGCUCGCUAAAUGGUACUGGGAUCAAGUACCAGCAUGAUCAGAUCCCUUCAACUGUUUCUAAUCAACCAUCCAAGGAGGAAAUUGAGGAGCAGGCUUCAUAUAAAAGAGUGGAGUUGAGGUCAGAAAAUGGAACUCAAGUGGCGGAUUUAUAUCUUGGAAGGAUAUAUGAGAAACCCAGCUCGCAUAAUUUCUACUGUCCUAACUGUCACGCUUGUGUCACGAAGGUGAUUAUACGUGAAAGGGAAUGGGUAAAUAAUACUGUUUCUAAACCAAUUCCUUCUCCGGUUGAUAGAUUCAGAUGCACCUCUUGCCUCAGUUUCCUCGCCCCUAUGGGUGCAUGGCUCUUUCCUAAAUUGGCUACUCCUGACCGUGAGGAAGAAGUUUUAUCUGGACAAGGAAAUAACGCUGCAAGCAUAGGGAUCAGAGAAAGGGAGACAUUUCAAGUGUUGCAGGAAACAAGAGAUCAUCAAGGAAGUCGAGUUGGUAGAGACACUUCCAGGGUUCCCGAUCAGUCAGUUCAUUGUGCAGUAACUGAUAAAGUUGAAGGUGAUCAUGCUGUAUCUAAUUCAACGCCAACUCAUUCUUCACGCAACAGAACAAUUGCCGAUGAAGGAGUGAAUAUCAAACAAGGUAGAGGGAAAGUUGGAGUGAAUAUCAAACAAGGACGUGUGGUGGAUAGAGGAGUAGAAGCUGAACCAAGUAGGUUUAACAGGUGGGAAAUUGUGAAAAGUAUAGUGUAUGGUGGUUUAUCUGAAUCAAUUACAAGCCUCGGCAUUAUGACAUCUGCAGCGAGUGCCAAUACUGCAACAGGCAACAUUAUAGUUUUGGCAUUGGCAAAUCUGAUUAGAGGGCUCUUUAUCCUUGGACAUAAUUUGAGAGCACUCAAGACCCAGCAGUUCAGAAGGACAUCUCAUGAAUUAGUAGACCGAUACGAAGUAGUACUGGGAAACCGAGAGAAUUACGUUCUCCAUUGCACGCUUGCCAUCAUCUCAUUCAUACUCUUUGGCUUAGUCCCCACUCUGGUUUACGCUUUAACAUUCACCAAGAGCAAUAACAAGGAUUUCAAGCUUGCAGCAGCGGUAGGAGCUUCUUUUUUAUGCAUCAUAUUGCUUGCUAUUGGGAAGGCUUCCAUUCAGAGACCAAAAAAUUGGGAUGCAUACGCCAAAACAGUAGCGACUUACAUCGUUAUAGCAGCCUGGGCCGGAAGCUUCUCAUACAUGGCUGGGGAUCUACUCGACAAGUUCAUCAAGAAAUACAAUGAUUGGUUUGAGCGAAGCCGCUCUGCAUUCAAGCUCAAUCUGCCUCUUCCUGAGAUGAGUUUGGCGGAAUCAGCAUGGGGAUCCUUGUGAGGUAGCUCCAAAUAUGAAGUUAGAACAUUUUGUUAUUUUCAACUACUUUCAUUGUUGACAGAAACGCACUCAAAAUCUCCAAUUAAUUCACUUUUUUUGCAAGGAAGCCAAAUGGAUUGCAUUGACUUCCUGUUUACAAAAAGGGAAUAACAAAUUCCAGACAGUUUAUCA